AUGAAUUGUUUCACAUUUUACUCUGAGAAGCAGUGCUUUUCAGAAUUAUUUGACUCUACUGAUGGGGAAGAGAUGGAAGAGGAAAAUGUGGUGAGAUAUACAGAAGAUUUAGAGAUGAAUCCUUUUGAUGGGCUGCCAUUCUCUUCACGUUAUUACAAACUUCUCAAAGAAAGAGAGGAACUUCCUGUCUGGCAACUGAAAUAUGCUUUCAUGGAAAGGCUGCAUCAUCAUCAGAUUGUAAUUGUUUCAGGGGAUGCCAAAACUGGCAAGAGCUCCCAGGUGCCUCAGUGGUGUGCUGAAUACUCUCUUUCUGAUCAUUUUCAACAUGGAACAAUUGUAUGCACACAAACGCAUAAACACACUGCCAUGUGGUUGGCUUUGCAAGUAGCUGACGAGAUGGAUGUCAAUAUUGGCCAUGAAGUGGGAUAUGUGAUCCCAUGUGAAAGCUGCUGCAACAGUGCAACGUUCCUGAGAUACAGUACAGAUGAGAUGCUACAAAGAGAAAUGAUGUCCAGUCCUCUUCUGAGCAAUUAUGGAAUCAUCAUUGUAGAUGAUGCACAUGAAAGAAGUGUCACAACAGAUAUAUUGCUUGGGCUUCUUAAAGAUAUCUUGAUAUUAAGACCAGAGCUGAAGCUAAUUGUAAUUGCAUCUCCUCAAAUAUCCAGCAGACUGCAGGCAUAUUUCAGCAGCGUGUCUCUUAUAAGAGUGAAAAGCAAAUACCAGAUGGAGGUUGUGUAUACCUGUGGCAUUCAGAAAGACCAUUUCCUGUCUGCUUUAAGGCUGCUCUUUGAGAUUCAUAAUUCCAAAGAGUGUGGUGAUAUUGUGAUCUUUCUGGCCUGUGAACAAGAAAUUGAAAAAGCCUACCAGAUUAUUCAAGGAGAGGGACCUAACUUGAAUCCUGAUCUUGGUGCAUUGGUCCCUAUUCCCCUUUAUCCCAGCGAAAGAGAGAGAAUCUUUAAGCCAAAUGAAGAAAAGCCUUACAAAAAUUAUAAGAGGAAAGUGUUGCUAACUACAAGCUUUGGGGAAUCUUUGGUUUGGAUUCAAACUGUAGCCUUUGUCAUAGAUACUGGGAUAGAGAAAAAAAAGGUAUACAAUCCUCGAAUCAGAGCAGACGCUGUUGUGAUACAGCCCAUUAGCAAAAGCCAAGCUGAGAUGCGUAAGCAACUUCUGGGCAUACCUUCAGGCAAAUAUUUCUGCCUCUACCCUGAAGAAUUUACAGAAAAGGAAAUGAAGCUUCUACCAAGUGCCAGAAUACAGGAAUCCAACUUGACAAACAUGGUUCUUUUUCUGAAAAGAAUGGAUAUAGCAGGCCUUGGCCACUGUGACUUCAUAGAUAGGCCAGCGCCUGAAAAUCUCAUGCAGGCUUUGGAAGAUCUGGAUUAUUUGGCUGCCUUGGACAAUGAUGGAAACCUUUCAGAAUUUGGAAUAAUAAUGUCAGAGUUUCCUGUGGAUCCACAGCUGUCAAGGGCUAUUUUAGCUUCCUGUGAAUUUGACUGUGUAGAGGAAAUGCUCACCAUUGCUGCCAUGGUAACAGCUCCUAGUUGCUUUAUAAACCCACCACAGGGAACAGAGGAGAUUGCAAUCAUUUGUCGGGAAAAAUUCUUGCAUCCUGCAGGAGAUCAUUUUACUCUUAUCAAUGUGUACAAUGCUUACAAGGAAGCUAGUACAAAUGCCAUGAGCCAGUACUAUAUUGAAAAGUGGUGUCAAGAUUAUUUUCUGAACUGCUUUGCACUAAAGAUAGCAGAAAGUAUCAGAGCUGAGUUAGAUGACAUUAUGAGACGAAUCGAACUCCCAAUUUCAGCACCUGCUUUUGGACAGAAUGAAAAUGUAAUGAAGAUAAAGAAAGCACUUUUGUCUGGUUACUUUAUGCAAAUUGCUCGUGAUGUGGAUGGCUGUGGAAACUAUUUAAUGUUGUCACACAGGCAAGUAGCUCAGCUUCAACCUUUGUCAAUAUACUACAACACCACAAGGAUCCCAGAGUGGGUUGUAUUCCACGAAUUUAGUAUAGCUGAAAACAACUCUAUAAAAAUCCUCUCAGCAAUAUCACCUGACCUGUUUGUGGAGCUGGUACCUCAAUACUAUUUUAGCAAUCUGCCUGCUAGUGAGAGCAAGGCUAUUCUGCAGGAAGUAAUCAAUCAUUUAUCACCCAUUUCAGUAACAGACAAGGAACAAAAAGCAAACAGCGAAGAUAAAAAUUAUGAAAAAUAUCUUGAAAUACCGACUGAACAAAGAUGUAUUAUUCAAUAA